ACCAGCUUUGGCAUUACUACACAAUUUUUGAGACAGAUCAGCCAUUACGGGAUUGCAGGUAGGACGGUGAUUUGCAAUAAUUUUAUAGCCUAGACGUUUCAAGAACCUUCCAGUGACUAGUUCGCAAUAGUAUAAAAACCUGCCGCCGCCUCAGCUGCAGUUGUAUACACAAUCGAACGCCCGAACAAAUACGACGCAGUAGUCCACGAGCUCCAAAAAUUAUUCUAAUCUGUCACAUAAAUUCACUGCAACAAGUCAAACGAGAAAUAAAACGCGUCAGCACAAACUACAUAAUCAAUAAAAUUCAACGAAACUAAAGUGAACAUUGCGAAAAUGCCGGAGAAAUUGUUGAAAAUCACCUAUCAGGGUGCCGCAGUCGCUGGCCCUCAGAAGAAAAUAAAUGCAUACUUGCGUAUGCCCUCCCAGAAUUACACCAUACUGCGUCGCGAAAUCGAGCUGUAUCUUUUUCAGGAACGUCAGCUCCCCAGAUGCGAAUUUAGGACCUUCUGGAUCGAUACGGAUCACGAUGAAAUCGAAAUUGUGAACCAAAAUGACUACGAGAUUUUCAUGGCGAAGUGCGAAGCCAAUAUGCAUGUGCAGGUGGCUCCAUUGGUGACCGUUGAGGAGCCGAAGGCCUCCCAGCAGCAGGAUUCGUCGGCCAACGCUGGCGCUCCAUCCGUGGACGAUCCGAGCAAUUUCACUAUCCACGACUCUGUUGAGUGCGAUGGCUGCGGCUUGGCCCCAAUCGUUGGCUUCCGUUACAAGUGCAUUCAGUGCAACAACUAUGAUCUUUGUCAGAAAUGCGAGGCGGCCCACAAGCAUCCAGAGCACAUGAUGGUGCGCAUGCCGACCAACAAUGGACCCACAACGGUGGAUGCCUGGCUUACCGGCCCGAAUCCAUGGGGUCGCCGCUGUAGCCGUCGCUCCAGGGGUCACUGCCCGUUCCAGGAGGCGACCCAGACCGCUCCGGCUGCCGAAUCCUCCAGGGAUAGUCGCCGCGAGCGUCGUCACGCCCGUCGCCAUGGCGGUGUCUUGUCCCAGUUUGUGGAGAUGAUGACCAACUUGCCGCUUAACGAGACAGCAGGCACUGCAACGUCAGAACCCCAGAAGCCCAAGGCGGCAGAACCAGCACCAAGUGCUCCCCAAGCUGAGCCCACUGCAACCGCUCAAAAGGCAGCCGAGACUGAGGCCAAGCCAACUGAGCCGAAGAAGAUUAACAUCGCACCAACUGUUCCUCCCACCGAGGAUCCAGUAACUGCUCCACGCUCCUCGGAGCCCACUACUCCAGUAAUCAAUCUGGAGAACAUUUCCCAGAUCGUGCCACCAGAAUACAUGCGCGCUGGCAUCGAGAUCCUGAAUAAUUUCAGCGAAUUGUUCGCCAAGAUGAUCGAUCCCACUGAGUCGGGGGAUUCGGGAAUUUUUGGUCCUUCAAUGACCCCUAGUACUGAGGCAAAGAAACCAGAGGAAAAGGCUCAAUCCAGCGGCCAGUCGGCGGCUUCUUCGACCAGCCAGUCAUCUGCUCCCUCAGCGGUUCCUUCCGCUGCUCCCUCAGCGGUUCCUUCCGCUGCUCCCUCCGAGGUUCCUUCGGCUAAUCAAUCGAAUGCCCCAUCUGCUAACCCCUCAGCAACUCCCUCAAUUUCUGGAUCUAUUUCUGACGCUCCGCUAGAGACGGAGCCAUUGAUUACCAAACCAACUGAAGCUGCACCAGUUUCGGCUACCAACAACGAGGAGGAGAGACGCCGUUCGGACAGCUUGGACCAGGACUGGCAGGUUAUCGACAACGCUUACUCCGCGAACAACACCAACCUGAUCAAUCUGGACUCGACCAAUCCCACAGCUGCUCCUCAGCAGCCGGUGCGUGACUUUGGUCAGCUGGGCGAACUCCUGCGCCAGCACAUAAAUGAGGAGGCUCGCGUGGAGCAGGCUACGGUCAACACCCAGACCGCUCAGGUGGAUACGGUCAGUACAGCAACCUCGACCUCUUCGGUGUCCACCAGUAGCGUCGGCACCUCUCCAGCAGCUCCCGAGGAAAAGCGCAGCGUUCCCGUUUACCACACUGAUGAACGCAUUAAUUCCUCGAUCCAUGCCAUGAUGGCUAUGGGAUUCAGCAACGAGGGCGCCUGGCUCACCCAGCUCCUGGAAUCAGUCCAGGGCAAUAUUCCAGCCGCUCUAGACAUUAUGCAUGUCUCGCAGAACCGCAACUAAAUAAGCAUAUUCAAAACCCAUAUAUCUGUUAUGUAUCUUCAAUAUUUAUAGGACCCAAUGAGAAAGGAAAUUCAUUUUAUCAACUUAAUUUGUAGCUUUAGGUUUUUCUGUGGUGAUUGAAUAAUAUCGUUGCCAAAAAAAAGUGAAAAUAUAUGUAUUUUAUGUUUUAAUAAUCAACAGAAUGUUAUCAUAUGUAUGUGAAAUUACAAUAAAGGCACAAAGUGAAAAUGA